AUUGGUAAAUAGGAAGACCUAUUCAAGGUGCUUCCAAAAAUUCGUAAAAUUUUAUUUGGUUUAUUAUUACAGUCAAUAACGAUAAUCAUGAUAAAGGUUAUAGUCGGCCGAAGAAAUUGUCUUACUAUAUCAAGGGGCCUCGUUCGUAAUUUUCAUUUAGAAGAAGCUGCUCCAAAAAUUGGAACAACUCAAGAUGUUAAUUCACCAGAGUACCAGGUAACCUACUUUCAUGCUCGAACUUUUAACUUUAUUUUCUCGGUCUCAAAAUUGAAAGUAAUAUAAUAUGAAAGUCAACAUUUUUCAUGUCUACUGAAUUCAUGUCUAGGUUGUCUAACUACUGUCAGAUAAACAAUAAAAUGGAAGAUAGUAUAGGCACAGACAAAAAUAAUGAAAUGUUCCUGGUCAUCAUGCUCAUACUUAAGUCUUAUAGUCUUAUGUAUUGCAGAAUGUAGCAACUGUAUGUAGUAUGUAUCAGUAUCAGUAUCAGUCGUGACUGUCCGGAUCAAUAAGUCAAUGGCUGCUAAACUAAUAAUAAUUAAAUAGUAGUGAUAGUUAGGCCUAUAAUAUUAUUACUACAUGUAUUACAAGUAAAUUGUAGGAGGCUAUAACAAUUUUUUUUAAAUAUUAGGCCGCUAAAUUAGGCCUAGUAAUAGUAGACUGAGGCAAGCACAGAUUAGUUUUUAUCAUAAUAAUAAAAUAAUCAUGUCAAUUUCUAUUUUAAAAUGACAUUUUAAGAUUUAUUCAGAUAUCUCAAGUUCCAGUACACAGAAUAUUUAAAAAAAAUCUUAUUGAUUGUUAACACGAGCAAAUUCCGUGUCCAGGGAAGAUGGGAAAAAAAAAUGGCAAAAUUUAUUUUUUCCCACCGGUGAUGAACAUUAUUUCUGGUCCAAUUUAGAUUUAGAUCAGCGGUUCUCAACCUAUGGAUCGUGAUGCCUUUGGGGGUUGAAUGACCUUUUAACAGGGGUCUCGUAAGACCAUCGGAAAACAUAUAUACUCUACAGUUAUGAAGAAGAAGCGAAAAUAAUUUUAUGUUUGGGGGGUCGCCAUACUUUGAGGAACUGUAUUAAAGGGUUGCAGCAUUAGAAAGGUUGAGAACCACUGAUUUAGAUGAUCAACAGCAUUCUUUAGGAUCCAAUAUUAGGGUGCAUUUGCUAAAAAAAAAGUAUUUACAACAUAUAUGGCUUACCCAAAGGUCAAAGUGACACAGAAAGAGAAAGCAGCAUCACCUCAUUGCAUAAAUUGUAUGAGUGUCACCGUAAGACAAAUAUUUUACUUAAUUGAUGAUAAAAUUAAAUUAUUAUAAGAAAACUGAUGUUAAAGUUAAAAGGCAAAAAAUGAGAUCAAUUCAGAGACGAUUUUUUAUAUGGCCAAAAAAACACUAGCUCCUUUUUUUGACAUAUGCAGAUUUAAUAUCGAAGUACCUAUUAAUACUAAUUAUAUUUAGUUUACAAAUCUUUAGAUUAAGUAAGUCAAAUCUGAUCUCAUAUAGCAUAGGCCUAUGAACAGUGGCGUAGCUAGGGUUAGUGCUGCCUGGGGCAAAGAUUUUUGCUGCCCCCUCUCAGACAAAAUAACUUAGCAGUUGGCCAACAAUGUCAUGCCCUACUCUUCCUCUGCCAGUGUGAUGACCAGACUCUCAGAGACAGAAUAUGCCUCUUUUGUCUUUAACAGUUUAUUGUAGGAAACUGUCCUAAAAUAAAACAUGGCAUUUUAGUAUUAGUACUGACUGUCUGGAUCAGAAGAUAUACUUCUUUUCUGUGUUGUUUAAUCUGUGUAUUAUUGUUGCUCUUUUGAUUGUGAGGUCAAAGGGAAAACGUAAACAUUGGUCUCUAUACCUAUGCUUUCUAUUUAUUUUUGAAAAAGAUCCAUUGUCAGUACUACUACUACAACUAGGCUAUGAGUAUUAUUAAUAGAUUAGAUAUAUGUGUUUAUAAGUUUAAAGAUUAUGCCUAAUCUUAAUUACCGUACCCGAUUAUAAAUUGCACGGUUUUGUGUUUCAAAUAUUUUUUUCAGGAAAAGUACUCUCGAAUGCACGCUUUGGUUCAAGAACUCAGAGAAAAAGUGUCUCAUAUACUUUUGGGUAAUUUGGCUUUCACUGAUGGUAACAAAAUAAUUCAGUAAGAAUGAACCAUGUAAUUUAGAUUGAGCACAUUAGCCUUAAGAGUCACUUGAAACAUGGUUGUUAAUUUUCUCAUAUAGAUUAAAUGAUAAACUUAAGCAUAGGGUGUGCGACCUGUGCCCUCGCACAGGGGGGUCAUGGCUAUAGUGGUGCCUAGGGCGCCCAGUAAAUGUUUAAAUUCCCUUAGUUUAUUAUAGUGAAGUGUGAACCUCGAGUCCAGGGUCGAGAAACGGCAUUCUAACUUUUCGUACAAUCACGUUUCAUACAAUGAGUUUUCAUAUAAUGAAAGUUCUUCUUCUAUAUAUUAAGGGCCCACGAUCAAUUUAUUGAUCAUUCUGGCUCCUAUUUAUGUAUAGUGGAUUUGCAAUGUUUCUGUGCCUGGUGUUGAUGAGGAUAUUUCACUGGUUGCAAGGGCUACUUUGUGAGGGUAUCAUGCUCUGGGGUUUGGAAGGCCAGAGGCAAUAGACGCAAAUGUGCCAAGUGUUGUCACCUCAACUGUUCCUUUUGGAAGCUUGUUCCAGUCCCUGAUUGUCUUUGGCAGGAAUGAGCAGUUCCUAUACUGGCUUUUCGUUGGUAUGUGCCGGAACUGCCUGUCAUGGCCUCAUGGCUGUCUAUGGGGGAGAGGGAUGAGUUUCUGUUUAGUGCUGGAGCAGAGGACCAGCCCAUUAGUUAUCUUGUACAUCAUAGAGAGCCUGGAUAGUUGUCGUCGUUCCUCCAAUGGUGACCAGCUCAGUGUUUCCAGCAUGCUGCCAAGACUAGAGGUAUUUUUGUCGUGGUUCAGGACAAAGCGUGCUGCCCGUCGCUGGACUGCCUCCAACCUGACUAUGCUCUUCUGGGUAUAUGGGUCCCGGACUGAAGAUGCAUUAUCUAAAAGCGGCCGGACAAGGCUUUAUAAGCUCUUUAUUUUACGCUGGAGUUGCCGAUCGUUAGAUUUCGCCUUAAGAACCCCAGGGUCUUUUUUACCUGGUUGCCCACAUUGUUAAUAUGCUCUUUGCAUGGUAACACCCAGGUACCUUAGGAAGGAAACUGACUCAUGCAGUUCGUAAUGGUAGUGUAGAUGACUACAACUUCUAGAGACUGACAUUCUUAAUUUGGAUACUAGCGCUGGGUUUGGGACCCACCGAAAGUGCGUGGAAAUUAAUUUAUUAAUGACGUAUUUCCUUGUCCCUCUUACAAUUAUUUUAGCAAACAGGGACAUGGAAGGGGACGUCAAAUGGGUGCUUCGAACAGGGCGAAAGUUUACCUAAGGCUUAACUUUGGCGCCUCUUAUAAGUAUAAUCAUUAAUGGAAAAAAAUAGUUAUUCAGUUUACCUAUAUUGUUGUUUUUGAACAGUUCAUUGUUUGUUAAAAAAAUGACAUAGGUAAUAAACUCAUUACCAAAUGACUAGUUUUUUCCUUUAAUGAUUAUACUUAUAAGGGGCGCCAAAGUUAAGCUUGCACAAGGAGCCAGCAACCGUUGGGCCGGCCCUGACUUAAAUGUAGUUUCUUUAUAUUUAUAAAUUUUAUUCUUGGUCAAUUUUUGUGUGUGGACAGCAGGUUUGGUGAAAAUCCCUUUAAAAAAGUUUGAUAUAUUGAUUUCAAUUAAAUUUAUGGUAUUUAAUAGGUUUUUAAAAAUUGUAAUUGAUUUUUUUCUUCUUUUUUGAAAGGAUUUCUUUAGAUUUUUAAGUAUAUUAAUGUUUCUAUAGAUUAAACAUGAUAUGGUUAAGUGUAUUUAAAUAAUUUUUUUAGGAUUUAAAUUGCAUUUUAAAAUUUAUACCAUUUUAGAAAAAUUUCAAUCAGAUUUUUUUACAAAUUUUUUUUCAUAUUUUUUAUAAGGAUUUCAUUCGAAUUUUUAGUUAAGUUUUUAUAAAAAUUACACAUAGUUUAAUCAAUAUUAUAUUAAUAAAUUUGUCGGAUUUAAAUUUGAUUUUAACAUACAGGUUUAAAUUUAAGUAAAAUAAUGUUAGAAAACAAAAUCUUUAUGAAAUCCAUUUAAAAGGAUUUUCAUACUUUUCCCCAAAUUGAAAUAUCUCAUUAUUGUCUAAUAGCUUUCGAAAAGCUUUAAACAAAUUCUUAAAAAGUAAUACAAAUGAUAGCCAUAGUCGUAAUAUUAUAGUCUAUUUUAUCUCUAUAUAUAUAAGGAUUUCAAUUGAGUUUCACACUUUAAAACUAUCAAUAUUAAUGUCAUAAUAUUUUCAUUUGUCAUGUCAUUCGAUUCCACUAAAUCCUUCUGAUUGAUUAUUUUGAAGAGAAAAACUAAUUUUCCAGAUUUUGACCCUAAGUCAAUUUAUAAUUUCUAAAAAAUGAAAACUUCAAUUAAAUACAAUUGUGCAGUCAUAACUAUAUAUUAAGAAAUAAUAAACCAUGUGACUUACAAUACAUACAAAUAAACUUAAGUUACUUUUCAACUAGUGCAUUUUAAUAUUAUUAGAUCAGAUAAAUAAACAAAAUUAAAAUUCAUUGAAAUAUUUAAAAAAAAUUUAAAUUAAAUCAUGACCUUUACUGGUCCUAUUGAUAUCAUGAUUUAAAUAAAUUUAAAUGAAUGAUUUAAUAGGGUUUAUUUGAAUCAUCUGAACCCUGGUGGGCAGUACACUCAUAAUUGUAUUUUAUGUCUCUUGGUACAGGAGGAGGAGAAAAGGCCAGGGAGCGGCAUACCUCAAGGGGAAAAAUGCUACCACGCGAUAGAGUUAACACCUUAUUAGAUCCACAGUAGGUUGGCUUAUUGAGUUUUGUUUAUAGAAUAAAUACCUUGUUAGAUCCACAGAGGUUGGCUUAUAGGGUUUUAUUUAUAUAAUAAAUACCUUUUUAGAUCCACAGAGGUUGGCCUAUUGGGUUUUAUUUAUAUAAUACAUACCUUGUUAGAUCCACAGAGGUUGGUUUAUUGGUUUUAUUUAUUAAGGUUGGGCAUGUUUAAGACAUUUAACCUUUAAGAGGUUUAAAAAAUACUUUGUGCUAAGUUUGUUUCUUCCAAACAUUUAAAUACUAACUCCAGAUAUUAAAAAAUUUUCAUUUUUGAAAGAACAAAAUGUAAACACUUCGAUGAUCGAAGUCUUAAGAUUAAAGUAAUUACAGUGGAACCCUACUAUAACGCGAUGAUCGGGGUCCAUAAAAUCGGAUCGCGUUAAAAGCGGGUUUGCGUUAAUGCGCGGUUUUACAAUAUUUAACUUUUUUCCGAGAACAUAUACGUGUAUACAUGCACAAUGAUCAAAAGUCGGCUUAUCAUCAGAUGAAUAUUAACUGGAAUGCAUUAAUUAAGAUAUAUUCAAAAUAAUCGAUGGCUAAUAUAUUUAUAGGUUAUUACAGCGGAAAUCCCUUCCGUAUUACUAUUUAUAGUUCUACCGGAAGAAAGCCUCGUUUUCGGAAUUAAUUUUGAUACUAGUUUGAACAUGGUGCAUUUAGUGGCUCAUUUUCUACGAUAUUUUGAAAAGUUGUGAUUAUUUCGCUUUAAAAAAUGGCUUUCCAAGCAAUGGAUAAAAUUUUCAAAGAAGUUAGGCCUGAUGGAGAAAUGAAUUUCAAAUUUCGGGAGCCAUGCUACGACCGCGUUAUAUCCGAAUUCGCAUUAUGGCGGGUCGCGUUAUAGUGGGGUUCCACUUGAUUAAAUUCCACCCACUCAUGCAUUAGCUUUGUAAAAAAAUAUAUUAUAAUAGCUCUUAUAAUUAAAAAAAAUUAGGAUCCCCGACUCCAAAUGUAAAAUUUUAAAAUGGUUCUACUAAUGUAUGUUAUUUUGAAAAAAAAAAGCUCAUUUAAGGUAUUUUAAUAGCGAAUGAUAAUGUUUUAUCUGUCCAAUAACUAAAAUUUAUUAGAGAGAUUGUAUGGGCUACUGUAAAAUAAUCAAUUUAAAUUAAAUGUAAUCCUAGAUUUUAAUAAAAAUGAAAUUUAAUACUCAUGAUGUUCAAUUUUGCUAAAUGAUUGUGUGAUGUGUGUUGUAAAAUGUGCUAUGAUUAUUGAUGAGACUUUCAUGUGUUUUAUUUAUUUAUUUAUUAUUUAUUUAGGCAUUUUUAUAUAGCGCUUACCUUAAAGCUCUAAGCCCUUUACAAUUAUUAAAAACAUGUAAACUAACUAAAAUAAAAAUGAGACAUUAGGAUAGUAACUACUAUACUAUAGAAACAAUUAAAAUGGCUAUAAAACGAGGACACUUUGGCACGUUUUGGCAUAUAUUACAGGAUUAACUUGAGGCAGAAAAUGAGGCAGGGCAAGGAGGGUGCAUCACAGGUCAUAGGCGGAUCUAAACAGAUGGGUUUUAAGGGACUUUUUAAAAGUGGACGAGGUUUCACAAUGACGGAUAUGGAAGGGGAGCUGGUUCCAGAACGUGGGCCCAUGGACGUAGAAGGAGCGUUCACCGAUGGUCUUAGUUUUGGUUCUUGUGAUUGAGAGGGUUCUAUUGUCAAUGGAAGAGCGUAGUUGUCUUGUGGGGAUGUAAGGAAGCAACGGUUCAGAGAGAUAGACCAGAUAAGUGAGAUUCAGUGAACGAGUUGAAGCAUAGAUUGGCAGACUUGUACUUGAUUCAUGUUUUGAAUUAAAAUGACUAUUUUUUCUGAAAAUGCUGUUAUAUUGAAUUUCAGAUCUCCAUUUCUAGAAUUCAGUCAACUAGCUGGUUAUGAAUUAUAUGGUGAAGACCAUGUACCAGCUGGUGGUCUUAUAACAGGAAUUGGACGUGUUUCAGGGUAUGUUUGAAUGUGUUUUUUAGAAAGUUUGAAUGUGUUUCAAGGGAUGUUUGAAUAUGUUUAAAGAGAUGUUUGAAUCAGUUUAAAUAAAUGUUUGAAUGUGUUUCAGGGUAUGUUUGAAUGUGUUUUUUUAUGGCAUGUUUGAAUGUGUUAAGUGAUGUUUAAAUGUCUUUAAAGAGAUGUUUGUAUGUGUUUUAAGGGGUGUUUGAAUGUGUAUUAGGGUAUUUUUGAAUAUGUAAUAGGGUAUUCUUGAAUGGUCUGGCCUUAAUGGGAUUGAGACUUGGAUUAUUUAUUGUACAGCCAUUUUGUAAAAUGGAAAUGUUUAUAAUAGAAUAGAAUAUAAUAGAAUUUGGAUCACAAAGUUAUAUUAUUUAUAUUUACAAUAUUCAGUCUUCAGAAGGGAUAAUACUUUUUAUUUGAAUGACAAUAUGUAAUAUAAGACUUGUCAUGUUUUAAAAAGUCAGUGGUGCCAUUUUCAUAAUUCAAAGAUGCAGACUUUAAGAAUUAGGGUCCCAACAUUGUCAUUGUUUUCAGACAAAUUUAUUUAAUUUUGACUUUUGACAUAGCUUUUGAGAUCCAGUUGUAUAUUGGGAGGGGUUCAUUACAGUUUCAUUGGUAAAAUAAAUUUACAAAAAUCGUUUUAAACCUGUGCGCUUCAAAUUCAGUGAUAUUUGCCAAGUCUUAAAACAAGUUAGAAUUCUAAUCUCAUAAAACUUGUUUCAAAAUGCAUUUAUUUUAAUAAAAUUGUCCUCUAAAUCUUACAGAGUAGAAUGUAUCAUCACUGCUAAUGAUCCCACUGUUAAGGGAGGAACUUAUUAUCCCAUAACAGUAAAGAAACACCUUAGGGCUCAAGAAAUCGCAAUGCAGAACCAUUUGCCAUGUAUAUACUUGGGUAAGUUCUAUGAGCUUUUAUUAUAUUUUAAAUUUUGAAGUGUGAUUCUUGUGUAUUUUUUUUAGCUUAAUGUUGAGCCGAGAUUUUCAACCAAAUGUUUAUUAUUUAAUACAUGGUGCAGAUGUCAAUUGGUUAAUUCAAAAUAUUAUUUUUACCUUAUUUUGGAUAAAGUUGUGUUGUAUUAUGAUAAGUAUUUUUUAUUUGCUUUUCUUUUUUUCUUUUUUUUUGUGUAUAUAUAAAAGAGGUUAUUCCUAAACUGAUGUUUAAAAACACAUGAAAUUUAAAGAUUUCUUAAAAUACAAUAUUUUUAACUAUCUAGAUGGGCUUCUUUCAAAAUUAUCAAAUUAUAUUCUUUUAAACUUGUUGAAAUUUUGAUUGAUGCUAAUAAUUUUUUCAGUUGAUUCUGGGGGUGCAAAUCUGCCCAGACAAGACAAUGUCUUCCCAGACAGAGACCACUUUGGUCGUAUAUUUUACAAUCAGGCUAAUAUGUCUGCUAAAGGAAUUCCACAGGUCAGUGACUGUUGAUUGCACAUGGUCUUUUGGGUCAUUUAACAUCACCUGUUAGUUAUCUAACACAUCCCUUAAAAAGUUUGUGUAUAUUUCUCAUGAUAGAUUUAGCUGCUAUGAAGUCUAUUCUUACAAGAACAAUUUUCAUGUCUUAUAGUUAAUGACUUAGGUAAUAUCAUCUUUCUCUUAGUCUUAAUUUAUGAUACAUUAUUAAUCUUGGCAUUUGAUUAGAAAAUACAAAGACUCUGAGAGGGCCUUAGCUUUUUUAUGUUAAGUGUUACAGAUUGUUAAAGGAGCUUUUAAAAGCUGAUGGGUGAUAUUAACCUAUAAAACAUAAAUGAUAAUUUUAUUUGAGUUCCAGGAUUGGGAAAUGACUAAGUCCUAACAUAUUGAUUAAUCAACUGUAAUAAUUUUAGAGACUUGGUUAAGGUUAUUUGUCCAUCAGCUUGUAGCCAUGGUAACAGAGGUUCUAUAACUUAAUCGUCCCAUCUGUCUGGGUUUUUGUUGCAGACCUGGUUACUCUUAUGAUUUCGGCACACAAUGUAUGAUUUUGAGAUGUCUUUUAGUUCUGUCAGAACUACGAAUUUAAGAGACUGGGUUGAAAAGAUAUAUUCCAGUAGUUUUAACGAUUCAUUUAAAAAAAUCAUUUUCAGUUUUUUGUUUUAGCUCCUUUCUACAUCCAAUGCAUUCCCAGUUGCUCCGCACAGCAGCAUUAGAUUUUGACAUAUUUGUAUCAGAUAUAGUAAGUGGCUUUUGAAAUUUGUUUUGAGAAGUCACUAAGCAGCUGUACAAUUUUAAAACCCCAGCAUGGUUCCAGCACUUGUCUUCCCUUCUCCUGAUACAGUUAUUGCGAUUAGUUAUUUUACUAUAAUAUGUUUAUGGGGAAUUAAAUCUCAAAAGACGAGAGAUUGAAAAAUCGGUCAUAAAAUAUAUAUAUAAAUAAUAUUAAAAGGCCAAAAUAAUAAUAAUAAUAAUAAUAAUAAUAAAGUUCAUUUCAAAAACACGCUUCAUCCCCAAAGGCUCGAAGCGCGGUUCAAAGUCAACAAAAAACAUAUCUAUAAUUCACCACAUUUAAAACAAACGCAACACUACAAAAACUAAUUAUAUCAAUAUCAAAGUCUUUCUAGCCAUUUCAACCCGGACCAACACAGCAACACAUGGUAAAUAAGGUAGACAAUCAUCCCAGAAGGUAUUUGCGAAAUAGAUGUGUCUUUAGAUCGGUUUUAAAGGACUCCAGUGUCUGGUUGUUUCUAAGAUCGACAGGAAGGGCGUUCCAAAUUGUUGGACCAGCAAAUGCGAAAGUGCGCUUUCCGUAAGUCUCAAGGCAAACACGUGGUGUCGAGAGUUUGCCACUAUCGGAUGAGCGGAGCUCUCUACUGGGUACAUAAGGCGUCAGCAGCUCUUUCAGAUAGGACGGCGCCAGGUCAUGUAAGCAGCGGUAGCACAAAGUUGCGAUUUUGUACUCUAUGCGAGCACGCACCGGCAGCCAAUGCAACUCUCUCAGAAGUGUUUUUGCAUGGUCGAAUUUGCGUUUGCGGAGAACUAUGCGAGCCGCAUUAUUCUGUGCUAUUUGAAUUUUAUCCAGGAGCGUAGCUGGAAGACCCACCAUGAGAGCAUUGCAAUAGUCCAUGCGUGAUAGCACAAAUGCAGACAUCAGCCUCUUUGUUGUAUCAAUUGUUAGGAAGGGCCUGAUUUGACUAAUCCUGCGCAGCUCCAGAAAAAUCGCCCUGCAUAGCAUGUUAAUAUGACUUUCAAAAGUUAGUCUUCUAUCUAGGUAGACACCCAGGUACCGCACUGUUUGAGCUAACUCAAUACGCACACCUGAGAGAGUAAUGGAUGUCGUGUUAUUUGCAGAUUUCUGCUUCUGAGCGGUCGCAAUGGGGAGCAGCUCAGUCUUAUCAUCAUUUAAUUUGAGCUUGUUAAUGGUCAUCCAGUGCUUUACCGACUCCAUUGUCUUCUGUGUCAUACUGAGCAGCUGAGGGAACUGAGAAGUGAUCACGGAUUGAUGAAGUUGUGUAUCGUCCGCGAACAUGUGAUACAACAUGUCAAACUGCCUGAUCUCUGCACCCAGGGGCUGAAUGUACAUCGUGAAAAGCAUCGGGCCUAGGACCGAGCCCUGGGGUACUCCGAAUUCGAGAUUAGAUUUCUUCGAGGUCAAGCCGUUUGAAAUAACUGACUGGACCCGAUUAGUCAGAUACGAUCGGAACCAACACAGGACGGUAUCAGUGAGACCGAACGUUUGUUGCAGACGCUGGAGCAGUAUGCCGUGGUCGAGCGUAUCGAAAGCUGCCGAUAAAUCGAGUAAAGACAAAAUCGAUACCCGGCCCUCAUCACAAGACGACAGAAGGUUGUUUACGACGCGCAACAGGGCUGUCUCAGUAGAGUGAUGCACCCUGUAUGCUGAUUGGAAUGGUUCAAACAAGUCAAACUGAAUGAGGUGAUCCAGGAGUUGGCGGAGAACGACUUUUUCUAAGAUUUUAGAAAUAAAUGAUAGAUUUACUAGUUUGGAAUGUUAAAUUUCUAUUUGGCAAUAAAAAAAAAAGUUUAUUCUACUAGUUCUUGAAGAAAUCUGGUAGUAACUUGUCCAUUCAUAAAUUUUCCUUUUCGCCACUUACUCAUAUUUUGCCACAAUUCCAGUUCACUGUAACUACACACUAAAACAUUGCUAUGACUAUGGAGUCUGAUUCUGAUUAUAAGCUUGAAAUGGACAAUUAUUCUUACUUAGAGGAAUGUUUUUGAUGAAGAUAGCACUUCAGAUGUGUCUGAUAUCGAGAAUUAUGUAAAUGAUCAUCAUAAUAAUAGUAUACAAGGUUUGUUUACUUUUUUCAUUCAUACUCAACUCACGCAUACUGUGAUACUUUCUUAGCACUAUUAUUAGCCCUAACAUUAGUUUUAUUCAAGUUCCAGUAGUAUAAAAUUCUUAAAUAGAUUAAAUUAUUUAUUUGUUCUAAUUGAAACUAAUUUGUAGUUAUAAAAUUAUUUUAAUAUUAUUACGUUUCAGUUAGCCAAAUGUAAACAAUGCCAUACAAGGCCAAGGCUAUAACACUGUAACAAUCAGCUUUGUUCCCUUUUUAAGGAAAAGUUGAAGUAAAAGUAAUUUAGGCAGAUUGUUGAAUAUUUAGAAAUCUUUUUAUUUAUAUUGUAAUUUUUUUAUUUUAGCUAAACUAAUAUUUUUUUUUGUUCUUAUAUUUUGACGGCAUCUAUGAAGGGCAGAUGUCAAACAUAGUCCAUACAAUGGGUUAUGAUGACAAAAGACUGUGGGACUCUUUGCUGCAUUUAGACCAGAGGUACAAAGCGUUAUUGCUGUCCUGAUAUUAAAACAAGAGAGGAUGUAAGGAGAUUUCAAAAGCAAAUAGACAUUUUCAAUCUCUACUUUACUACAGAUUUGGUUGGUUAUUAGUAAGCAGUGUGCGCAGAACAAUGGACCGCAGAAAUUUUGUGUUUUCAAAAAUUGGUACCAUUAUAACAUCAAUGAAGGGACUUUUAUCUACUAAGUGGAUUUAUUAUGAAAUGGAGGACUUAUCAAGCUCUUAAUUUUACAAUAAAUGUCCAGGAAAUCCUUUUAUGAUGGACAAUGAGCAAGGCCAUUAGUACUAAGGACAUAUUCAAGGCUCUAUUGAGUUUCCUAAAAGUUUCUGAUACUGAAAAUAAAGGAAAAUUGCUGUGCAAAAUUGGGAGACGCUAAUGUAUCUCAAUGCAAAAUACAAUGAACUGUAUCAGCAUCAAGAAAGUGUAGCAAUUAAUGAACAAUUUAGGGAACAAAUGACAUCUUUGAUGAUGAACCCGUUACUGUAAAGCCCGAAAUCUUUACAUCAUGCGCCAUGACAUGACAAUAACAAAAAAUGUAAUUGUGUGUUACCAAAGCAGGGUAAAAUCGUCAGAGCAUAUGUCACAGGCUUUCUUUUUGAUACAUUUGUAUGUUUUAAUAAAUACAGAAAUUGUUUUCAAGAAUUUUAUAUGCAUGGUCUUGGUGAAGGAUUACAUCAUUUGAUCGGUAUCUCGGGAUGCAUAAAAAAUGUUGAUUUAUUCAAAUGUGCUUUUUUUUUCUUAACUUUUCUUCUAAAAUAAUCCUUACUAAUAAUGCUCUAAAGGAUAAUAUGAUGCAGUAUAUGUUUUCCUUUGAAAAAAGAAUUAUUAUUAUUUUUUGGAAAUAAUUUUGACUUUUUGAGAAAUAUUUCCUUGAAUGAUAUGUUGUUUACAAAUAGUCAUAAGUUUUUUAUUUAUGAGUCUAUUCUUUUGAAAUUUGAAUAUGUUUUAUAGUAUUGAAGAGAUUCUAAUCAAAUAUCAAUUUUAUUGAUUUAAUUGGAACACCUUUUUUUUUUCAUUCUUUGUAAAAAUGUGAUGUUAUGUUUUUGUCCACUUAAAAAAAUAUUUCUUUUGCCCAAAAAUAAUAAAACAUCAAAUUUAGCAAGGAUAUUUUGAACAAACACCAAAUAUCAAUUAAAGAGCAUCCAAUUACCUUUAAAAUGAUAUAUAAAACUUGUAGGUAGCUACAAAAUUACAGCCAUGAGACUCAGUGAAGAAUAAGAUAUGUUCAAGGUCAUUAAAAACUUGAAAAAUCUACAGUCGUUUGAGAGUUAAUCAAAUCAGGCUCCUAGGCUUAAUUCUGGGAUGGCCAACCAGCAGCCCCCAUUGUUAAAUAUUGUGGCCAGCAUGAUAUAUGACACAAAUGUGCACAUUUCUUCAUCCAAUUAAAGAUUAUUUUCAUUCACAUUUGAAAAAUAUGUAUAUCACCUGAUGAUUUGAUGCCAUUUUGUUGUACCCACCCAAGCCUACUACCAUGUAGUUCACACAGCUGUAAUAUACCCAAGCCCACUACCAUGAAGGUCUCACAGCCACUACGAACCCAAGCCCACUUCCAUGUAGGUCACACAGCCACUAUAUUACCCAAGCCCACUACCAUGUAUGUCACACAGCAACUAUAUAUCCAAGCCCACUUCCAUGUAGGUCACACAGCCACUAUAUACCCAAGCCCACUUCCAUGUAGAUCACACAGCCACUAUAUACCCAAGCCCACUACCAUGUAGGUCACACAGCCACUAUAUACCCAAGCCCACUACCAUGAAGGUCACACAGCCACUAUAUACCAAAGCCCACUACCAUGAAGGUCACACAGCCACUAUAUACCCAAGCCCACUACCAUGAAGGUCACACAGCCACUAUAUACCCAAGCCCACUACCAUGAAUAUCACACAGGCACUAUAUACCCAAGCCCACUACCAUAAAGGUCACACAGCCACUAUAUACCCAAGCCCACUACCAUGAAGGUCACACAGCCACUAUAAACCCAAGCCCACACCAUAAAGGUCACACAGCCACUAUAUACCCAAGCCCACACCAUAAAGGUCACACAGCCACUAUAUACCCAAGCCCACUACCAUGAAGGUCACACAGCCACUAUAUACCCAAGCCCACUACCAUGAAUAUCACACAGCCACUAUAUACCCAAGCCCACACCAUAAAGGUCACACAGCCACUAUAUACCCAAGCCCACACCAUAAAGGUCACACAGCCACUAUAUACCCAAGCCCACUACCAUGAAGGUCACACAGCCACUAUAUACCCAAGCCCACUGCCAUGAAUAUCACACAGCCACUAUAUACCCAAGCCCACACCAUAAAGGUCACACAGCCACUAUAUACCCAAGCCCACUACCAUGAAGGUCACACAGCCACUAUAUACCCAAGCGCACUACCAUGAAGGUCACAUAUACCCAAGCCCACUACCAUGAAUAUCACACAGCCAGGUUGCUAAACUGUAUGGUAGUAGAAAUAGUGAAGUCAGUUUAAAAUGUUAAAACUGCCUUUCAAUUUAUUUUUUUUUUGGUUUUACUUUCACCUUGUAGGUUGCUGUGGUGUUGGGCAGCUGUACAGCUGGUGGUGCCUAUACGCCAGCCAUGGCUGAUGAGAGCAUCAUAGUGAGGAAACAAGGGACCAUUUUCCUAGCAGGUCCUCCUCUGGUAAAAUAAGUGCUUGACUGAUGGCAGAUAGUUUAGUGCACUUCUGUCCUUUCUUAAUCAUGUCCAUUUCUAAAAUAAUUGUCAAUUAAUGGGAAUUGAGCACUUUAUAAGUAGAGUUUUUAAAAAAAAAUGAUAUACUUUUAGUUGUAUUCAUUAAAAUGUUGGCCAUGUCUAUGUAGAAAAAAAUGCAAAGUUAUACAUGACAAGAAUUAACUAUCAUUUAUGGUGAGGAAAAAAUGUUGAUGGGUUAAUACUGCACUUUGUUAUUCAGGCUAUUGCAUUUACCUUUUAACCUCUGUAUUAUUCAAUUGACAUGAAAUCUAUUGCUGCAGACAGCUAACCAGAUCAGGCCAUUUUGGAUUUGCUUAAAAAAAAAUCAUUUUGAAUAAUUUAGGAUGGUUAUAUUCUUUCUAACAACAUGUCUCUCGAUAAGCACAUAUCUCACAUUUGUCGUUCAGCAUACACCACUAUCCGUCAGAUCAGCUCCAUACGCCACUACCUCACAGUUAGCACUACAAAAACUCUAGGCUGUGCUCUUGUUCUCUCUCGUCUUGACUAUUGCAACUCUCUUCUGUCAGGUUCACCAAAACACUGCAUAGAAAAACUGCAGAAAGUUCAAAACUCAGCUGCUAGGCUAGUUUUAAAGGCAAAAAAAGUGAUCAAGUCACUCCGCUACUCCAUUCCCUUCAUUGGCUACCUAUACAGGCACGCAUUGACUACAAGUUGUCUGUUCUCUGUCACAACUUUUUCUUGGAUUCCUGCCCUUACUAUCUAACCGAACUUCUAUCUGUCUAUUCACCCCUUCGACAGCAUUGCUCCUCUGCAGACACGCGUAGUCUGUCCGUUCCCAAGACACACACUAAAACAUAUGGUGAACGAUCUUUCUCUUUCUGCGCCCCCAAACAAUGGAAUUCUUUGCCACUAAACAUACGCAAUAUACCAACCACCCAGGCCUUCAAAACUGCACUAAAAACAUAUCUUUUUAAAUUAUACUACCCUGACUGAUUCCCCUCCUCUGACCGAUAAACGAUCUUGCUGGCUGCUGUCCAUGGUUUGUAUUGUACAAGUUAUGUGGUGGGGUGGGUGAAUAUACAUUGCUGUUCUUUCUUUCAUAAAAAUAUUUUAUUUUAAUGUCAUGAUCAUGUCUCUUUCGAUAAAAUUUUUAUGUGUAGCGCGGUGAGCCCAGCCCUAGGCUGGGGUACCGCGCUAUAUAAGACGUCUUAUUAUUAUUAUUAUUAAGCUUUCAAAAUAGUUUUACAUAAUAAAGAAGUAAGCGUUUCGGCACAUGCCUUCAUCAGUAUAACAACAAAACAUUUAAAUAAGUAUAAAUUAAAUCUACAUAAUAUAUAUAUAUAUAUAUAUAUAUAUAUAUAUAUAUUAUAUAUAUAUAUAUAUUAUCUAAAAAAGAUAAAAAAAGGAGUGGGCGCAAAAAAGAGACAAAAACAAAAAAAAGAAGAAAAAAAAGAAUGUUAUUUGAAGUAGAAUAUAAAAAAUGUUAAUACAAUUAGAAAUAAUGAUGCCAAUAAAUAAUGCGAAAUAAACACAUAUAAGUAGGAGCACACAAAUACACAAAGAAUAAAACACGCCUCGUAAUGUUAAGAGAAUCUAUAAGAAAAUCUCCGUCCUCGUCCGUGCCUGUCAAUCCCUUAUAUAGGUGGGUCUACCGACGCCCAAGCCCUGCCUUCGAGAAAUUUCUAGAAAAAUCAAAAUCAUUCUACAAAAUACUAUUUGGAACAGAUUAAUUAUUUUUAUUCGUUGGCGGCGUAAACAAGAAAUACAUCAAAGACCUAAGCCACACCCCUUUGUGAACACAGCGUCUCAUGCGGGGUCAAUCAGAGGGCACGCACGAGAAAUAUUAUGUAAACAAGCUCUCUAUAACACUCUUUUGAUAAAAUUUUUAUGUACAGCGUGGUGAGCCCAGCACUAGGCUGGGGUACCGCGCUAUAUAAGAGUCUUAUUAUUAUUAUUCUUAUUCUGUCUCCCCUGGUCAUGUGGCUAGCCAUGCUAUGUCAGCUAUGACUAAAAGUAACACUCAAAGCCCAUAUGGUUACUUGUGCUAACACUUGACCUAUGCCUCACAUCUUCAGGUGAAAGCGGCCACUGGUGAAGAAGUUUCAGCUGAAGAUUUGGGUGGUGCUGACUUGCAUUGUGGGCAAGUAUACAUAUUUAUAUUCUUUAUAAACUAUUUAUUUUUCAGGGACAAUAGUAGCAUCUUCCAAUUUCUUUUAACUUCAUGGAAUACAAGUCUUUUAUUGAAAUAGUUUUUAGACUUUUUCUAAUUUAUUUCACCUCUAGUAUUCAAAUUAGUUUGGCCGAACACUUUUAAUGUAGUUACAGUAAUAGGAAAACAUCUUACUCAAAUUUCAAUGCAUUUUGAGAAAUGAUUAAUCUAAAAAAAAUCUCAAUAAAGCUAUUUCUAAAUUAUUGAUGUGCUGACCCAUUUAGUCUAGUUAAGUUAAUCUAUUUCAUACCAUUAUAUGGCUAGUUUUUUUAAAUGAAUGUCUUAGAAAACUUUUAUAUUGCUUAACUCAUGAGGUCAUGAGAAGUUCCUAGGAUCCAAAACUUUUCCUUUUUGUGUACAUUCUAAGUUUCAUGGCGUUUAGGGGUUAACUUUAAUUUAUGUAUGAAUAUAUUUUAUUCUUCAGAGAAUCUGGCGUGACAGACCAUUAUGCCCAAGAUGAAGUUCAUGCAUUGCAUUUGGCCAGGAGAGUUAUAAAGAAUAUCAACUAUACAAAAAACCCAGGGGUAGGUGUUAAUAAAUUUAAAAAAAAUAAGCAAAUUUUUAUAGGUAUCUGAUUAUAGUUUUUUUUCGGGGUGAGGGGGAGGAAUUUUGUUGAUUUGAAAUAUUUCAUUUUAGAAUGUUCAUUUACUCAAGCUUUUUUGACAAUCCCAGGUCACAAUCACAAAACCAGAAGAGCCUUUGUUUCCAGUCCAUGAACUGUAUGGUAUUGUGGGAGAUAAUUUUAAAAAAACAUUUGAUGUCAGAGAGGUAUGUUCUUAGUCUUAGUCUUCAGCUGGUCCAGUUAAACCUGGCUUUUUUAUUGAAAUAAAAUCAUAUCUAUUGAGGGUCAUAAUCUUUCGGUCGUUGAUCAUUUCAUAUACCUGGGAUCCAAUAUUUCUAGUUCUCUCUUCGUUGAUGAAGAGAUAAAUAUCAGGAUUGCAAAAGAAGCAGCAACUAUGGCUAAACUGAAUAAGCGGGUGUGGAAUAAUCUCAAUCUAAUUGAUAAAACAAAAAUAAGUGUCUAUCAGGCAUACGUGCUUAGCACCCUCCUAUAUGGUAGCGAAGUGUGGACCACAUAUACCAGUCAGGAGCGGAAACUUAACAGCUUCCAUCAAAGAUGUCUGUAUCGCAUUUUAGGUAUUCGUUGGCAGGACAGGGUGCCUAACAUAGAGGUUUUGGAACAUGCACACAUGUUUAGCAGAUUCUCCUUUCUUAUCAAGAGGCGCCUUCGCUGGUUAGGUCAUGUACAGAGAAUGGAGGAAGGACGCAUCCCAAAGAUACUGCUGUAUGGAGAGUUGGCAGAAGGGACAAGACAUAUUGGACGACGGCGCCUGAGAUUUAUUGACGUUUGCAAACAAAGCAUGAGGGAAGCCAAUGUUGAAACAAACGAAUGGGGGUUCAUUGCCGAACAUCGCUCCAACUGGCGAACAGCAGUGUUUGAAGGAGUAAAAAAGGCAGAAGAUACUCGAAACGAGGCCCUUGAAUCAAAAAGAACAAUUCGGAAAUCAAGAUCUUACCAGGAUUCAAUACUCUCCUGCGAGAGAUGUGGCCGUGAUUGCCAUUCUAGGAUUGGCCUAGUUAGCCGCUUGUCAAAGCGUAGAACUAUAUAGCUACUCCAUCGUCUCACGAAGACGGAAGGAGGCCAUAUAUGGAUAUUUCCUAACAGUGACAGUUGCAUGGACUAACCACCCAACUGUUGUUAUUUUAAAAAAUCUUUUACAUUAACUACCUUGGAUUUAACAUACACACUUUAUGAUUGUAAUGAGUUAAUUUGUUCAGAUCAGCUGUUGCUUUAAUUGAACUCUACUGUCUGUCACAUUGUUAAAUGGCAUCAUCAAAGAACUUCAAGUGCAUUUUAUCCAAUUUAUGACCAGGUCAUAGCAAGAAUUGUUGAUGGGAGUGUAUUUGAUGAGUUCAAGACAAAGUAUGGGGAAACAUUGGUCACAGGUAGUCUGUAUUUGUUUAUCAAAUGUUCAUUGUUAAGUUAUAGAAGCCAGAAUGAUCGACACAUUGAUAGUGGGCCCUUGAAAUAUAGGACAUAUAUAAGACAUGACAUUUUCUAAAUUAUAUGAAGCCUUAUGCCAUCAUAUUUAUUAACAAAUAAUAAAAAAUUCCUGAGUUUCCUGAUUAAUUUUGAAUAGACGUCUUCAGAUUAACUUCAUCAUCUUUAGUGGCUAUCCAUUUAUCCCUAGGUUUUGCCAGAUUAUGGGGAUAUCCUGUGGGAAUCAUCGGCAACAAUGGCGUCCUCUUUUCUGAAUCUGCUCUUAAGGUGAAACAUUUGUAUUUUCAGCCUUAUUAUAAAUUAACCAUAGAUCAGUGACAUGAUUAAUGUAUCUGUAACAUCCUGACAUUUGGUUGGUGUUGAUCAUAGAGUAAUACUAAACCAAGAAAUCAGAAUUCACAUGGCCGAUUAAUACAGAUGAUGAACUGUAGAAAAGACAGGACUGUUUGGUCAGCCAUUUUGGCAAGCAUGUAAAAUUAGGCAGGGAUCUUAGAAUAUUCAAAGAGAGAGGUUGUAUGAAUCAAUUGUUUUUUUAUUCAGUGGAUUAUUACUGUUUAUUUCACUUUCACAUUUAUUCUGUGUUGAUUGGAGCUGUCAUUAUUACAACUAUUCAAAUAUUAUAUUUCAAGUAAUAAAGUGAUGUAAGUCUAUUCUUCAUCUUGACAUUUUGAUUUGAACAAGUGGUGCUGCAGGCAACACUAAUUUGUAACCAAUGUGAGAGAGAAAAGUUCCAUGUAUGGCAGAGCUUCCAUUGGUUACAGGAUCUUUGUCAGUGAUUGUGACAGAGAUGGCACUUGUGUAUUGAGUAGUGUUUGCUUGGAGUCAUUUGAUGGCACUUGUGUAUUGAGUAGUGUUUGCUUGGAGUCAUUUGAUGGCACUUGUGUAUUGAGUAGUGUUUGCUUGGAGUCAUUUGAUGGCACUUGUGUAUUGAGUAGUGUUUGCUUGGAGUCAUUUGAUGGCACUUGUGUAUUGAGUAGUGUUUGCUUGGAGUCAUUUGAUGGCACUUGUGUAUUGAGUAGUGUUUGCUUGGAGUCAUUUGAUGGCACUUGUGUAUUGAGUAGUGUUUGCUUGGAGUCAUUUGAUGGCACUUGUGUAUUGAGUAGUGUUUGCUUGGAGUCAUUUGAUGGCACUUGUGUAUUGAGUAGUGUUUGCUUGGAGUCAUUUGAUGGCACUUGUGUAUUGUGUAGUGUUUGCUUGGAGUCAUUUGAUGGCACUUGUGUAUUGUGUAGUGUUUGCUUGGAGUCAUUUGAUGGCACUUGUGUAUUGUGUAGUGUUUGCUUGGAGUCAUUUGAUGGCACUUGUGUAUUGUGUAGUGUUUGCUUGGAGUCAUCAAUUCUGAAAUUAUACAUCAAUCACAGUUAAUCAAGUAGUGUUCAAUAAACUCCUAUCUAGCUACAAACCUGUUAACGUUGGUUGUAUUAUUAACUGUUGAUAUUAGCUAUACUGUUCGUGGGAUCAAGUGAGAGACUUGGCCAGACAAGUAGACACUCAUUGCCAUGAGUGGAUAAUUACAACACAACAGGUUCAACGGUUCGACACCAACCAAGAGCCAAAAUUAAGAAAGUGGAGAUAAAUCUAGCCAAUUUUUUCUUCUUUGUUUUAUUUGUUAAAUGUAAUUUUCCUCAGAGCUGCAUCCAUGAAAUUAAGAGCGGUUUCUGUACAAUAAUCAUGAGCUAUUUUCUCUAGUUAUUAUUAGUAAAUUAUUUCUUUCAUUCUCAAAAUUGGCAGGGCACCCACUUCAUUGAGUUGUGUUGUCAAAGAAAUAUUCCCAUAAUUUUCCUUCAAAACAUUACAGGUAAGGAUGUAUAAAAUUGGUUUACUAAGCAAUAUAUCCUCAAGUAAUGCUAAAAAAGAGUUGAAAUACAAUGUAACCCAGAGUCAAGUAUCAAAUUGUACAAUUAAGAUAUAAUUUUAUUACUUUUUUUUUUAUUGAUGUAAAGUUGAAUUUGUUUAGGUUUAUGAAUGUUUAGAUCCAAUAAGUUUGUGCAAGUGAAUAAAUGAGAGUCUAUGCUGAUGUUUUCUAAUAUAGUGAAACUUAGCUGGCUGAUAUUUUAGUCCAAGGAAAAUUAGCUUUAACUUAAAAAGUUUGUUUCUUCACUGCAGGUUUCAUGGUGGGGCGCGAGGCAGAAGCUGGGGGUAUCGCCAAACAUGGAGCCAAGAUGGUGACAGCUGUCUCCUGUGCAAAGGUUCCCAAGAUAACCGUCAUAAUUGGAGGUUCAUACGGCGCAGGGAACUAUGGCAUGUGUGGUCGCUCAUACUCGUAAGUUGUAAGAGCAACAGAUCAUUUAUAUUUGUACAUGGCUGAAAACGUGGUUACUCCAAUUCAUUGAAUGGGUGCUGGAUACAUGGUUACUCCAAUUCAUUGAAUGGGUGCUGAAUACAUGGUUACUUAAAAACUUGAAGUGUUGGUAGAAAAAAUGUAGUGACAGAAGUGCUCUUCAUCUAUCUUAUUUCUAUUUCUUGAAGGCUUUUUGCCAAAGCUUUCUCUUUUAAUUGUCCUGCUCUUUCAUUUCAAGCAUCAACAUACCUAGUCACACUAUUUCUUGAUAGUAAUUUCUUAUCUUACCCCUCGAACUGUGGUCGGCCGACAAAAUCGGCUGAUAUUCUCGUUCUGUGCUGUGGCGGCCGAAAAAAUCGACUGAUUAAAAACACGGUCCGAUAGCAACUUCCAAUCCAAUAUUAACCGGAAUUAUAGCCACUUCCUUUUAUUAAUAAUUAAAUCAUCUUCUGGGUCAAGCUGUUUCUUGAUAACUUAAAAAUAAGUACUUUUUAACUGGACUUUUAUAUUACUUUUUUAUUUUAAAGCUAACAUGGUUGAAGCUAUGUCUGGGCCUUCAGGGCAAGAACUAAUAGAAAUAUGUUUGAAAGCUUUUUAGGAGAGGUUUUAAGUGAUACUGAUGAUGAUUUUAACAUUCCCCAUGACGAUAUUAGUUGAGAUUAUUCUUCUCUUGAAUCUUAUACUGGUCUUAGUGAUACUGAAGUAGGCCUACUGAGGUCUUAAACUCCGAGUCAGGUCCGGAGUUUGGGAAAGAACUGACUGAUUUUAGUAACAGAAGCCACAGAUUAUAGAUCAGAACGGAUACAUUUUAUUGUUAAACAACCCAAAUCAGUUCCUUUUUAAUGUUUACUAGUCAAUAAUAACUAUUUUGCCUGAGAUUUUGGAUUUUGUACUUGGUUUUAGCUGUGGUCCCAGUUUCUUAUAUAAAUAACCUUAAAUUACUAAAAUUGCUUUAAGAGGUUAAUUGUAAUCAAAACCUCAGCGAACUAUACAUUUUCUUAAAGAUAAAUGAAUUGGCUACAAUAUUUUGAUUUGUGUUGUAAGUUUAUCUUUAAAAAUUAAUAUUACCAGCACUUGAUAGCAAGUCAUUUUGUCGAUUUUUUUUUUUCUUGAGCACUCCAAGGUCAAGGACACCAAGAGCAAAAUUUUUUUACUGGGUGGGCCAUAUGGCCAAUUUAAUCCCCAUCCAUUUACCUUUCCAAAAAUAUGUACUUAUUGGGGUCUUGUAUCAAUAUUUAUAUUUCAUUAAAUGCAAUUUCAAAAGGCACUCAAAAAGCUCUGAAAAGCUCCACACUACAGAAUGAUGCAUGCCACAGUUUGAGAGUUAAUUUGUUUAACACAUUCAGAAAUCAACAGCAUCGACAAUAUAAAUGAAACUCUUAUGUUAAAAUGUAUAAAAACGCAAAACAUCUUUUAAUCCACCAACUUCUACACUUAAAAGAAGUCUUAUAAUUUAAGGGUCAUGAUGACCCUGGACUUUGGAUUGCAAAAAGAAAAAAAGUUACCUUUUGAAUCCUUACAUUCCAAGCACUACUUAUAUGUAAAUGACUUUACAGAUUCCCGUUAUUAGCUCGGAAAAGUUUUUGACUUGAUACAAAUCUGGGUUGCACCAAGUUUCACCAUGUAAAAGAUGACUGAAUCUGUUUUAUAUUUCAAUGAUAGUCCAUUUAUUGUAAGAUCCCUUAAAGGAUUUUCAUCUAAUUUUAACAAAAAAUCUGUUUCAGUCCCAACUUCCUGUACAUGUGGCCCAAUGCCAGGAUCUCUGUGAUGGGAGGCGAGCAGGCAGCCAAUGUCAUGGCUCAGAUCAGCCGGGAACAAAGGCAACGAGAGGGGAAGCCUGUGAGUUGGGUUCUGUUGUGCAUUUCGUAAGCUCACCAAAGGAAUCACUCUCAGAGUUUAAAUGGUCACACCUGAUACCCAUGUUUGUGUGGGGAGGAUUAAAAUGUGUAACAAUAUGUCUCAUUUAAUGGGACUUUAGAAAAAUGAUCACAUAAUUGUCUCUGUGUUUUUGACUGUUAUAAUUUGUUACCGCUUUACAUUUUUGAUAUUUUGAAAGAAAAGUCAUCUUGGGGCAAAGAGAAAGAUGUUUUACUAUUUUAACACAAAUAUUUCAAAUGUUGAAAAAAAAAGAAAAUAAAUAGUGGCCAAAGAAAAGUUUAGGCUUGACCAAAAAAGGCAGGACAGUUUCAGGCAGGACAGUUUCAGGCAGGACAGUUUCAGGCAGGACAGUUUCAGGCAGGACAGUUUCAGGCUGGACAGUUUCAGGCAGGACAGUUUCAGGCUGGACAGUUUCAGGCAGGACAGUUUCAGGCAGGACAGUUUCAGGCAGGACAGUUUCAGGCAGGAAAGUUUCAGGCAGGACAGUUUCAGGCAGGACAGUUUCAGGCAGGACAGUUUCAGGCAGGACAGUUUCAGGCAGGACAGUUUCAGGCAGGACAGUUUCAGGCAGGACAGUUUCAGGCAGGACAGUUUCGGGCUGGACAGUUUCAGGCUGGACAGUUUCAGGCUGGACAGUUUCAGGCAGGACAGUUUCAGGCAGGACAGUUUCAGGCAGGACAGUUUCAGGCAGGACAGUUUCAGGCAGGACAGUUUCAGGCAGGACAGUUUCAGGCAGGACAGUUUCAGGCAGGAAAGUUUCAGGCUGGACAGUUUCAGGCUGGACAGUUUCAGGCAGGACAGUUUCAGGCAGGACAGUUUCAGGGUGGGUGCCUUCUUCAGCAGACAAUACAAAGACAAACAACAGAUCACUUCAGCAGACAAUACAAAGACAAACAACAGAUCACUUCAGCAGACAAUACAAAGACAAACAACAGAUCUCUUCAGCAGACAAUACAAAGACAAACAACAGCAGACAAUACAAAGACAAACAACAGAUAACUUCAGCAGACAAUACAAAGACAAACAACAGAUAACUUCAGCAGACAAUACAAAGACAAACAACAGAUAACUUCAGCAGACAUUGCAAACAACAGAUAAAUUUAAGUAAAAAAUAAAAAUAGUGUUUUUGAAGAUCUCACCAAUGUCAGUGUAGGUCAGAGUUCAGAAUAUGAUUUAAUUUAUCUGUUAUUUAUUAUUGUAUUGUCUGCUGAAGAAGGCAUCCUGCCAAAAUGUCUGCUUAAAUUUCCUGUCUUUUUUUCAAGCUUAAAAUGUUUUUUUCAACUAUUUAUUUACUUCACCCAGCUUGAACGCAGUCCCCGCUUAUAUUAAAAUAGAAGUAAAUUUGUGAAUGCUGAUGCAUCAGAAUCUUUUUAGUUAUCUUAUGUAGUGUGUGGCAAGGCUAAGUAUCUAAUCAUUUAGUACAUUGAAGUUUUGUUGGAAUUUUUACAAUUCUGCCUGUUGUAUGUACAGAUUUGUUGUUCUUUAUAACAUAUAUAUAUAUUUAUAUCAUAAACAUUAAAUGUGUUUUUAAUUUUGUGGUGACUCGGAAAAACAACAAGUUGUUAUAUCCACUGGAUUAUCAUCACCAACUAAUUAGGUUUUAAUAUCCACUGGAUUACCAUCACCAACUAAUUAAGUUGUAAUAUCCACUGCAUUGUCACCAACUAAUUAAGUUGUAAUAUCCACUGAUGAUCAUCAACAAUUAUUGUUUUCCAGUGGACUGAAGAAAUGGAAGCUAAAUUAAAGGCCCCAAUUUUGGCAAAAUAUGAACUUGAAGGAAGUCCUUACUAUGCAAGUGCCAGGUAUGUUGCAGAACACGAAAAGAAUGUGGAACAAUUAGCUCACCAGUGGCAAUGAAUACAUAUUACAUCCUAUAAAUUAAAGGAUAAAAAAUUUGGAAAUGUUGAAUUAUUCCUCUUCUUGUAAGAGUGUUGGGACUGUGGUUAAGCUAUAAAAGGAGAUUAAUUAUAAAAACAAUUUGUGUGAAUAAAACAACAUAUGUCCAGCUUCAGCUUGAAUGAUGAUUAUACAAAAUACAAAUGUAGAUGUUUAGGCAAAUGCCUUCAUCCAUCAGUACAAAAAACCAAACAUUUGUAAAAGUAUAAAUUAAAUUUACAUCAGGGUGGAUGGGACUCGUUCACCUUGGAUGGCAACUCAUCUAAGAGAAGGGAACUCUGAAAUCAAACCCGGAGAUGGAUUCCCAAAAGGCGGAUAACAUUGAUACAAUGAAACAUUCCGACAACUCCUGCGACGUCACUGGUGCCAAGCUGUAUCAUCCAAUGAUGUUCCCUUGGGUUAUCCAGCGGCGUGGAGAGAGGCGAUUCGCUGUUGGGAACCAGCUUAUAAUCCUUGAAGAAUAAUCCCAGCCCAUGUGGAUUUCGUCCUAAGAAGCCCACUCCAUCAUCACAUUGUGACGGACGGAUGCCAGCAAAAAAAAAAAAAUAAUAUAUACACAUGUAUCCUACCUAAAAAAAAAAGAAAUGAAUAAGAGGAGAGACAGAUUGUUGCCUUGGAGAUCGUUUUAGAGAACACCUCUAUAACAUAAAUAAACAAGCCAUUUGCCCAGUUUCCAAACAUUUCAAUAGUACUAACCAUAAUGGAAUUUUAGACAUUGCAGUUGCUGAUAUAUUAUAUACAAGUAGAACCCAGGAAAUAAUUUUUAUGGAAAAAAAUUAGUAACAAGAUUUGGCACGUUGACUCCAUACGGUAUAAAGCAAAAUCCACAAUUUUACGUAUCUGCCAGGUCUUUUCCCUGUUUGAUUUUUAAAUUUUACUUUCACUCACACCCUUUCCAUUCUUCUGAACUUUGUUUUUGUGUGGGUUUUGUGCCCACUCUUAUUCUAUUCUCUCUUUUUUAGGUAGGAUACAUUCAUAUAUAUAUUAUGUAAAUUUAAUUUAUACUUUGGUUUGGUUUUGGUUUUUUGUACUGCUGAAGGCAUUUGCCAAUGUGUCUAUGUUGGCAUUUUAUAUAAUCAUCAUUCAAGCUCAACACAUGAUGUUUUAUUCAAACAAAUUGUUUGUGUCUACUUUCCUUGUGAGGAUGGUUUGCUUAGAUCAUUUUUACAGCUGGAUUUUGGAAUUGGUUAACUCUUUAUGGUCCAACUCUAGAGAAAUCAGGAGAGGGCAGGAGCUUACCUUUUUUUUUUUUAUUAUUUAUUUUUUAUUUAGUUAAAUAAAAAUUAGUAAUAUAGUAAAAUGGUUUUAAUUUAUAAUAAUUAAGGUUUUAAAUAUAGAGAAAUCAGGAGAGGGCAGGAGCUUACCUUUUUUUUUUUUUAUUAUUUAUUUUUUAUUUAGUUAAAUAAAAAUUAGUAAUAUAGUAAAAUGGUUUUAAUUUAUAAUAAUUAAGGUUUUAAAUAUAAUUAUCAUUGUUUUUUUUUUUAAAUUAAUUUUAUAUAAACGCGACUGAGAUGAGUGUACGUCGUCUAUUUUAUUUUCUUGCCGAGAACCGAUUCGAGCUAGCUGCUUCGAAAAAAAUUAUUUAAAUUACAAAAACGACUUAGAAAACAAUGAAAUUAACUUAGAUGAAUCCUUAAGUGACUCUUCUGACAUUUGGGGAUACAGAGGAAUAUGAAAGAACAUCAGAUGAAGACGUUGAUGUUUCUUUUCCUACACAAGUACAGUUUCAAACAAUGUAAGUCUAGCUAUCCACUCGAUUACACAACUAAAAUUAACAUUUCUAAAUAAUCUUAGACAGCAAAAUAUAUUUUGCAAUUUAAUAAUAGUAUCGUAGUAAUCCUAGUUAUAGCCUUACAAUUUAGUAAUGAUAAUUUUAUUUUCCAAUCCUAUUUUGGCUUUAAAAAUUAAAAAUACAAUUUUUUGUUUACAUAAUCAGCUGAUCAAACAGCUGAUUUUAGAAUUCAUUGUUGUAGUUUUGUUUUUUUGUGUUUUGCCUAACUCUAACGAGUAAAUAAUGGAAGAUACUAACCCUCUUAGGACGAAGCCUUUUUGGGGUGUAUGUGCCAAAAAGUCAUAGCAUUUUUACGAGCUCGGCACUCGCAUUGCAAAAAAAUUUUUAUAAAAAAUAAACAAUAUCCUUAAUAUACGUAUAACUAUAUAUAUUCUUGUAGGAAAUUGAAUGAGCUAUUACAAUCUUUAUGAAUCAAACUCAAAUAUCAACAUUUAUGCAAAUGAGCUACCCUGAUUUGCAUAAUUUAUGCUUGUAAUUUUUUGUUAAACCUAGAAUAAACAUGACUGACUUGUAUCAAUUGUGUGAAUUUUUUGAUGGAUGAAGCCUGCAUAAGUCCUUACACUUAUGUUUUUGGGAAACAAGGCCUAUGGAGGCCCUUCAGAUACAUCUGGCACAAGGCUCUACUCCUUCCCCCCCCCCCCCCCCCCCUUUCUAGUUUUCAGUUGUUACAGACACACUGUAACUGAAUGUUACUGAGAAAGUUGUCUGCAUAUCUAUUGGUCUCUCUCUUGAAUAUUUGAGUGAUAUUUAGUGUAAAAAAUAGCAUAAAGUUCUCCAAUGGGGGGCUUUUGCCUUAUUUAUAGGACCUAUAUUGUCUAAAAAUUCAUCCCUGCCCAGUUGAGGACCCCUAAUACUAGUAAUACUAAACCAAAAGUUCACAAGAUUAGCAUUACCCUCAAAGUAUUCAUUAAUUUCCUGGUUGUUUUCAUCAGUUUCAGUGUCAGAGUCACUGCUAGAAUAUCAAAAUCACUAAGCACAGUUUGAUCAGAUUCACUGCUAGAAUAUCAAAAUUACUAAGCACAGUUUGAUCAGAGUAACUGUCAGACAUGUUCGAAUUUCACGAUAUAACUAUACACACACACAAAAAAAUUCCUGCACACAAAUAAAUCUAGUUCACCAUCAACCAACGCCGCCAUUACAAUGCCGGAAUGUGCAGGAAUACGUAAGAAUAAAUUUGAUUUGCUUGUACAACGCCAAGCCAGCCAAUCUCGAGGCUCGAUUCAUCGGGCCGAUGGUUUGGACUUUAGUCUUUCUCUCUAGUCCACCUUGGGCCGACGGCCCUUACGCCCCAAGAGGGCUAAUUUUAUCUUUUUAAAAUAUUUUAUUUGGUAGUUUAUUGCAUAUAGCCUUAUAUUUAAAAAAAAAUUUUCUCUAAUCAUUGCAGAUAAUACAUUGCCAAUUGACUUGGAAAAAACAUAUGAAGAUAUUGACCAGGGACCCCUCAAGCCAUACCUAAAUUUAUCCCUAAAAGAAAGCCUGGUCUCAGGCCUCUGGUCUCUAAGGAUUCUGAAAAGCAGACAAAUAGUAAUGAGAUGCAAAAACUAAAAACUGCAGGUAAGGACUAUUUGAUAUUAUAGUUGCAGUACUAAUGAGAGAUAGGCAUAGGCCUAAGAUUUACAUUUUAUGCUUGAUCAUUAUUUAAAAAAAAAAAUCACUUUUCUUAUAAUGUAAUAAGAUAUUUUUGCAUUAUAUAAUAAUUUAUAUUAUUACAGCUGUUAUAAUAUUGUUAUAUCUGUGUUAUAUCAAUAAAUCCUGCUUUCAUGUCAUGGUAACCUGAAAUUUACAAAUAAACUAAAAACUGUCCACAUGAAAUUUCUUUACCCUUUUUCUGUCAGGAUAUCAUGUUGAAAAUCUGUGACUACCGGUACACCAAUACUACACCAAUGGUACACCAAUGCUUAUGCCAAGCACAUGAGAGAAAAAAAAGAAGUACCUCUACACUAAUUGGAUGAUAAUAACACCUACAGGACACUUUAUUUAUUUUUCUUUUGAGCCUAAUUCCAUGAUGUUUCUGUCUCAAAAAUAAAUUGUAUCAGUGGGCAUCAGACUGUGAUAGUCAUUAAAUGUUUGAAAUGUGAUCAACAUUUCUAUCUAAUAGAAAUAAUGGUUGAUUGUUAGAACAUUGCCUAAGCCUAGAAGACUCUUACACUGUUUUUUUAAUUUGUUUAGGCCUGAUUUAUUCAUGUAAGCCCUAGCUUUUUUAUCAUUAUUUUUCUAUUUUUUUUAUUAUCUAUUAAAAUUGAUAAAACAUAAUUAAUACAAUUGUUUGUUAUAAUACAUAUUUUUAAUGCAUUUGUAUUAAAUAUAAACUUUUAAAUUUAAAAAAAAUAGGUUUUAAACUUUGCAUAAUUUUGCAUAAUAAGGUCUUAUGUCAAAAUUUAACCCAAAAAAACACGCAUGUUUCACAGAAUAAUUUGUAAAAUUCUUUUUUUGGGCUUUUGUAUAUUUGAUUGCGGAAUUAAAAAAACAAUAAAUUUUUAACUAUUUCUUCUAUUUGUUUUUUUUCCCUUCUUACAGUAUGUUGUUUGUGUAAAAAAAUGUUGUUAAAUGUGAAAUCUUUUUCUCACUUCUAUCAUGAUUGAAAGAAAACACCCAAUCAUUUUCAAGUACAAUUUAUAAAAUAUGAAUCUCCAUUCUUCAUUUCUAAACAAUUGAAUAUAUAACAUGAUGGGCAUUAAUUAGCUGCUCUUUUUAUGGUAUUCCAUUAUGUGAGAUGACAUUAAAAAACAAAUUGGUUUAAAAAGAACAAUAAACCCAUCAACUGCAAAGAGUUAAUUGAGCGUUUCGGUUUUCAUCUUAAUAUUAAAGUAAAGAAAAUCAAUUGAUCUUAAAGUUAUUUAAGAAAUUCUUUUGACCUGGUACUAACACUUUACCACGAACUAACCAAUAUGGGGAUUAUAUUAAGGGGGAUUUGUUUGUCUUCAUUCAAAUGUCUGUUUAGAGACAUCUCCAGGGGUUGAUAAGGUUCAGCCCUAAGGAGCUCCUGUAAGAGAAAUCUAAAGCCAAAUAAUCACUAAGUGCUUUUCUCGAUCCGCAGGCUGUGGGACGAUGGAGUCAUUGACCCUGUGGAUACCAGAAGCGUCCUAGGACUGUCCCUAAGUGCCGCACUCAACAAACCAGCAGAGAAGACCAGGUUCGGUGUUUUCAGAAUGUAAGCAAACAGGGCUGUGACUGUGACAGACCCCAGGGUGUUCAGUAAACCGAAAUGACAAAGGUUCGGAGAUGGCUCGCAAUAAAAUGGCUCUAAUGCUUCAUCACACUCUGCUAAAAAUAUCUUUUCUGAGUGUCCCCACACUGACUGGACCCAGCGGCUGGCUGUGAUUAAUAACCUCAAGUAAAAUGUGUUAUUGCUAUGUUGAAGAAUUAUUUUGUAGAUUUAUCAUUAAUGUAUUGAUAUGUAAUGAAAGUGCAUGAUUCAAUGAUUUUAUUUCUUUUAAAAUAUGCAGCGUAGUGAGCACAAAGUCAACAUGCAUUGUAGAGGAAACAAAAGUUCUGAGAUAUUUUGUUUAAUCCGUAGGAUGAUACAGUUCCUAUUAAGCCAUUCCAAGACCUGGUUUAUAAACCUUACAAAAUGUUCGUUUUAACAAAAGAUUACACUUUAAGCAUGUCUCAGGUUCCAUUGACAUUGAAAUGAGAUGAUAUGGCCGUGCUGCCGUCUGGUCAACAUUUAUAUGGUAAGCUAAGUUAUCAAUACCAUGUAUCAAAGUUUUUGGAUUUAACAGACUAGUGUCAUAAUAUCCUGGUAAAUAUAUGACUAUGACCACUGUAAUUGUAUAGACCACUGUAAUCAUUGUACAGACCACUGUAAUCAUUGUGUAUAUAUCAAGUUUGUACUGAAUUUAUCACCUAAAGGACUUUUGCAUCCUUGGCCAGAUGUCCAUUUGUAAUACAUUAUAUUCAAAUCAUUCUACAGUCGAGGCAUAAAGUCUUGCAUGACUGAGUUUGAGAAAACUGCUGCCAGGAGCUUUCUAGUUUUGUUUUUUGGCAGAGAGUAUUAUGUUUCUGUCAUAGGGUGGUAGAUAUGCCACAACAUACAGGACACUAAUCUGUAAUGGUGAUGUUUCUGUCAUAGGGUGGUAGAUGUGCCACAACAUACAGGACACUAAUCUGUAAUGGUGAAGUUUCUGUCAUAGGGUGGUAGAUAUGCCACAACAUACAGGACACUAAUCUGUAAUGGUGGUGUUUCUGUCAUAGGGUGGUAGAUAUGCCACAACAUACAGGACACUAAUCUGUAAUGGUGAU